UGAUCACUUGUGCCUUUGCCGUACCUAUUGGAAACCGACGCCAUCUUGGAUCACCCAUAGGCUUGAAUGUCAUGUGAUUUGAUUUUCCGUUGGAGGCAUACCUCCACUCCCAGAGAAGCUAACUCCGUAGGAAGCGAAAAUACGUUACCAAACUACUUCACAAGCAAAACCUGAAACUUGAAAGUAUACUGCUUACAGCAACGCUCAAGUACAUGUCGUUAUUGGUGCAGUGAUUAAAAUUGUUUGUGACAGGGUUCUCACCAAGGCACAGAGGAACAUGUCUUUUGCGCCACUGCUGAGAUGUCCUACAGUCCCUCUUUCCAAUGGUCUGCGGAUUCCAAUAUUUGGAUUAGGCACAUCACAUGAUGGCGGAUACUCUCAUGAUGCCAUUGUGUAUGCACUCACUGAAUGUGGCGUACGCCACAUUGACACAGCAAAGCGCUAUGGCUGUGAGGAGAAACUGGGUAAAGCUAUCAGAGAAAGUGGGAUACCACGAAGUGAUCUGUGGCUCACCAAUAAAUUGUGGCCAGGGGACUACGGGUACGAAGCUACAAAGAAGGCCUGCCUUGACUCCUGCUCACAGAUGGGGGUGGAAUAUUUUGAUCUGUACCUGAUGCAUUGGCCAGGGUCAUUACAACCUGGUUGCUCCAACAGGGAGAUGAGAGCUGAGACCUGGAGAGCUUUGGAAGAACUUUAUGAAGAAGGGGUGUGCCAUGCUAUUGGAGUGAGCAACUUUCUGGUCCACCACCUGGAACAGUUAAAGGAGGACUGUAGUGUCGCGCCACAUGUUAACCAGGUAGAGUUUGUUUGUUUUCAGAAAACUCUUAAUAAGAUUAAAUGUGUUUAUUUAGCAAAAAAGCCCUUAGGGUCAUUCAGGCCUGGUGUGUGAUAGAAUUGGCUUGUU